GAGAGUACAAACCUCAAUCGAUGACUGAGUGUGCCUCGAUGUGUCAAAAUGUUUGUAGAGUUUUUGGAUACAAUUCUGUAAUGAAGAAGUGCCGGACCCACAAGAAAAUCUUUACGACUCAGAUGUCUGUGGAGUCUGGCUGGCGUUCUGUUACAGUUCUUCCUUUAGAUUGUAAGGACCUCCGUGAAAAGGGUAACACUAAUACAGGGGUGUACGAAAUUUAUCCCUUUGGGAACAGCUCCAUUCCUGUCCAAGUUUACUGUGAUAUGGACACAAUGAACGGAGGAUGGACGGCAAUUCAAAAACGACUAGACGGAUCCUUGAGCUUUAACAGAAUAUGGACAGAUUAUAAGAAUGGUUUUGGUGACCCGGCACAGAACGUCUGGAUCGGGAAUGACGUAAUCCAUCAGUUAACAAAGGGAAAGAACUCAUUUCUCUAUGUUUCCAUCACUGUACACAAUGGUACAACACUGUACGAGUUGUACGACCAAUUCUCUGUUUCCGAUGAAGCAGAUAAGUACAGACUCUCUCUGGCCGGACCUGCUACGGGAACCUUAGGAGACAGUAUGUUAAACACAAGGCAAUCUAUUUACGAUCUGUCAGGGAUCUACUUUAGUACACCGGACAGGGAUAAUGAUAACUAUUUUUAUAGCUGUGCCAGUGAUUUUAAGGGAGGAUGGUGGUUUAACUAUUGUCACCACGCCUUCCUUAACGGUCCCUGGUCUUCAGUACAAUGGACGUAUCCCUGGAAUCCUACAGUUACAUCCGGGACAUCAGUGACAGGGACGAUGAUGAUGAUCAAACGUAAAUAG